AUGUCGCCGGUGAAGGUGUUCGGGCCGGCGAAGUCGACUUGCGUGGCUCGGGUGCUGAUAUGCUUGGAGGAGGUCGGCGCCGAGUACGAGCUGGUGCACGUCCACAUCCCCGCCGGCGAGCAGAAGAGCCCCGCGCAUGUCGCCCGCAACCCCUUCGGUCAGGUCCCAGCGUUCGAGGAUGGCGAUCUGGUUCUUUUCGAGUCGCGUGCAAUUUCCAAGUAUGUGCUUCGCAAACACGCAUCUGACUUGCUCAAAGAAAGCAGCCGUUUUCCAUCUACAAUGGUCGACGUUUGGCUCGACGUGGAGUCCCAAAAGUUUGACCCAAUCAUGUCAGUAAUCGCGUUCCAAUGCUUCAUUGUGCCUAUCUUCAUGGGAGGCACAACUGACCACAAGAUUGUGGAGGAGAGUCUGGAGAAACUGAAGGAUGUCUUCCAAGUUUACGAGGCACGUCUUUCUAAAUUCAAGUAUUUGGCUGGAGAUUUCAUCAGCCUGGCAGAUCUAAGCCAUUCACCUAUGCUACACUACCUGUUGGCUACACCUCACGCACCGGUGCUAAGUAGAUAUCCUCAUGUGAAGUCAUGGAUCUCUGGCAUAAUGGAUAGGCCGAGCGUGAAGAAGAUCACAUAGCUUAUCAAGGCAUCAUGAAAAGAGUAAAUUAUGUCGAUGCAUAUGGAUUGCCUUGUUCUAA